CACGCAUUUUGCAAAGGUCUCUUUCUAGAGGAAAGUGAAGGCAAGAGACUCCAGACAUGGCAUCUGAGGGUGAUAAACUGUACGGCGGGAGGCUUGUCGGAAGCUUGGACCCCAUCAUGGAGAAGCUGAAUGCCUCAAUCCUGGUUGAUCAGCGCCUGGCGGAGGUUGAUAUCCGUGAAAGUAUCGCUUAUGCCAAGGUCUUGGAGAAGGCCGGGAUUCUAUCCAGGGCUGAACUGGACAAGAUCAUCAGUGGCCUAGAGAAGAUUUCGGAAGAGUAUUCCAAGGGCUCCCUCAUGAUUUCCAAAACCGAUGAGGAUAUCCACACUACCAUUGAACGCCGGCUCAAGGAGAUCAUUGGCGAUGUGGCCGGGAAGCUCCACACCGGACGCAGCAGAAAUGACCAAGUGGUGACCGACUUGAGGAUGCUGAUGAAGAGCUCUAUCUCCAUGCUGUCCACCCACCUGCAACAGCUCAUCCGCACUCUCCUGGAACGUGCCUCUGCUGAAAUCGAUGUGAUCUUUCCUGGCUACACUCACAUGCAAAGGGCUCAGCCAAUCAGAUGGAGCCAUUUCUUAGUCAGCCAUGCAGUCGCUUUGACCAGGGAUUCUGAGCGCCUGAUGGAGGUGAAGAGAAGGAUCAACGUCCUGCCACUGGGAAGUGGUGCUUUGGCAGGUAACCCCCUGAACCUUGACCGUGAAUUUCUCCGUAAAGAACUGGACUUCUCUUCGAUCAGCAUCAACAGCAUGGAUGCCGUUAGCGACCGGGACUUUGUGGUGGAGUUUUUGUCUACUGCUUCCCUGAUCAUGAUCCAUCUGAGCCGUUUGUCAGAAGAUUUGAUCAUAUAUAACACUAAAGAGUUCGGAUUCAUCACCCUCUCGGAUUCUUACUGCACCGGAAGCAGCCUGAUGCCCCAGAAGAAGAACCCGGACAGCCUCGAACUGAUCCGCAGCAAGGCCGGCCGCGUGUUUGGAAGGACUACUGGACUCUUCAUGGUUCUGAAAGGACUUCCCAGUGCUUACAACAAGGACUUGCAGGAAGAUAAGGAAGCUGUGAUCGAUGUCAUCGACACCCUGAAUGCUGUGCUCCAGGUGACCACCGGCGUGAUCUCCACUCUCCAGAUCAACAAGGAUGCUAUGGAGAGGGCCCUCAGCUCUGACAUGCUUGCUACGGACCUUGCCAACUACCUGGUCCGCAAAGGGAUGCCAUUUAGACAAGCCCACAUGGCCGUCGGAAAAGCAGUCCACUUAGCCGAGAGCAAGGGAGUGACCCUUAAUCAUCUAUCCACUGAGGACUUCAAGAGCAUCACCCCCAUGAUGGGAAGCGACAUCUCCCAGGUCUUCAACCACCAACACAGCGUGGAGCAAUACACCUCCCCCGGAGGCACGGCCAAGAGCAGCGUGACCACCCAGAUCGAGCAAGUGAAGGAGAUGCUCAAGAGACAGAAGGAAUAAAGUUUUGCGUGUGGGGAAGCUAUCCCAGUGCUGCGGGUUUCUGCUUGUCGCGUUU